AUGUUGCGUUUGAGAUUCGUUUUCGUGGCCGUUGCCACAUACAUGGCCCUAGCCAAUGGCCUGGUCUUCGAGUGCCCAUACUCUAUCCAGUCCUACAACAACGAGGAGCUGCUGCGCUGUCUCCAGGACGGAUGGGAGAGAUUCUGCGAAGCCGAUGUGGACACAACUGUUCUGAACUACUAUCCAUCAGUCGCCCUGCGUGACGUGAAAAUCCUGCUCUUCGGCAAGGAGCACGUACACACUUACCACUUUGCCGAUCUCUGCGAUCUUUGCUCCAACCCUGACUUCCACCAGGGCCAGAAGACCGUUGUCUUUGUGUCCGGAUUCCCACCCAGUGAGGAUUACUCAUCUGUUUCUCUGCUUUGGCAGCUGCGUCAAACCUACCAUGACUGCAAUCUCAUUGCUGUUGAUUUGGCAACAUGCGUUGAGCAGACCUACAGCAGUUUGAAUGCUAACUACGAUCAUCUCGCCACAUCUGUGGCCAAAUUGGUUCACUAUUUGGUGGAUCAUUCAUAUGUGUUGGUUCAAGAUCUCUACCUGGUUGGCUUCUCCAUUGGUGCCCAGGUUGCCUCACACGCUGCUGCUAUGCUGCGUGACGAUUGUGAUCUCCUCUUGUACCAACUUCUUCUGCUCGACCCAUCGCUGACCUGCGACGGAGUUAACUACAUCAACAAGGAUUUGGCCAAGAAAGUCACGGCUCUGCACACCAACAGCGGUCACUACGGUGAGGCUGAUGUCGAUGUCCACGUGCAGCUCUUCCCCAAUGGCAAAGUGCGUCUCCAACCAUGCUGCAAGUCCAACGUCUGCUCUCACUACUUGUCCGUCGAACUCCUCGUGGAGGCUCUCUGCUAUCCCAACAGGCUCCUCUUUGUCAACUGCAAGGACUGGAGUGCCUUCCAGAAGGGCAAAUGCAACUACAAGGACGUUGUCGCACUGGAUCUCGAUGUCCCAUCCACUGCCGAGGGUCUCUACUUCUGCGUCACUACAGAGCACUCUCCUUACGGUCUGGGCAAUGCUGGUCUCAAGCCAGUCAAAUAAUUUUCUGCACCACUAUAAAAACGUACACAUUUCUGGGAAAUAAAACUAUGACAUUUUCACCAGAUUAUUUUUUUCAAUAUCUGCUCACCAUGGGUGUGUUUAUCUUUAAACAUAAU